AAUCAAAUCUCAGUCGUUAAUCUAGUCUAAUAAAUUGUCGGGAUUGAUUCUUAGGGUUACAAUAAUUGGUCUUGAGGGUUUCGAUCAAAUUAAACCAGUCAAUAUGAUGACCAAACAAUUUGUUUUGGACCUCGUCAGAUUCGACGACCAGACUCACCAUACACGACCUACAACAGUUAAACAGAAAACUACUCCUCCAAUUCAUUGACUAGAUUUGGUCCGCGACAUAAGUAAGAAACGUGUCAGUUAACCUCCAUUGAAACACUCCAGAUAUAACCAGUACCUCCUUCGACUAAGACCUUGUAAGCUCCUAAUGUAAAACGACCUUCGUCUCUGCUUCAUCUUUCUCAAUCAAACAAAGCGUUUCUUAAAGCUAACACUAAAAACCCAAUCCUAAGAAAAAGGAAAGAGGGCAGAAACAAACCCAGUCGUAUUCUGACCUAAAAGGCUAAAACCAGUUGCAGGUCAUAUAUAUGGGAGAACCAAUUGGGAUUUUAAAAGUGAUCGUUGUCCGAGGCAAGAAACUUGUAAUCCGCGAUUUCAAAACCAGUGAUCCUUAUGUCAUUGUCAAAGUCGGAAAUCAGACAGCAAAGACGAAGGUUGUAAACAGUUGCUUGAAUCCCGUCUGGAAUGAAGAGAUGACUUUCUCGCUUGUAGAACCUAUUGAAGCUCUAAACUUGGAAGUGUUUGAUAAAGACGUUUUCAAGGCUGAUGACAAGAUGGGACAUGCUCAUGUGAACAUUCAGCCAUUGGUGACAGCAGCAAGAUUGAGGGAGAUUUUAGGGGUUUCAAAGGAAGGAACAGUAUUGAGGAAGGUGAUCCCUGAGACUGAUAAUUGUGUAGUUACAGAAAGCUCGAUUGAUUGGGUGAAAGGUGAAGUUGUACAAGAUGUUUGGUUGAGGCUUUGUGAAGUGGAAUCUGGGGAGAUUGAGUUGAAGCUCAAGUUCAUGAAGCCUCCUGCUCCUUUUUUACCUCCCAAAUCCCAAGUAGUAUAAAUAUUUGAGGCCAUAUGGGUGUGUGUGCAGUUGCAGGUUAUGAAGAUCUGAUGAUAAUUAUAGUACAAGUUUAGGAUUUUAAAUGUUGAAAUUGAUUCAUAAUCCAUUGUUCUUUUUGCUAAAUCUGAAGCUUUGUUUAGAACAAAAGUAGGAUGUUAUGGCUUAGUGUUUUUGUCUUGGUCAAGUAAUAUACUUUGGUCAAUGGGAACUUGGGAUUAGGUAAAAUGAAGUAGCCAUCUUUCAAAUUGAUCAACUAAUUAAGUGUUGAUCAUCUCAAUAAACACUAUUGGUCUAGAAUAUUGAAUAUAUUUUAAUAUUGUUCAUAGAAA